ACCAUGUUAAUCAUAUCACGUGCAAUUGCAGGUCUAGGUGGAGGAGGUCUUAUAGGACUUGUAUAUAUUAUUAUUUCUGAAAUAGUUCCUAUCAAAGAGCGUGGAAAAUAUCAAGGAAUUAUUGGUGGUUGUUUUGGUAUCGCGUCUGUUGUGGGUCCACUGUUGGGCGGUGUUUUUACUGACAAGGUUACAUGGAGGUGGGCAUUUUUUAUUAAUAUUCCUCUAGGUGUCAUCACCUUUAUCCUUGUUGUAUUUUUAUUGCACCUUCCAAGUCCUACCAGCUCUUUAUUGACAAAACUCAAGCGCAUUGAUUGGUUGGGUGCUUUUACUCUGGUUGUUGCUACUAUUCUUUUGUUAUUAUCGCUUAAUUGGGCUGGUUCAAAAUAUGCAUGGAGUGAUCCUCUCAUUAUAGUUUUAUUAUGUUUAGGCAGUAUUGGAUAUAUCAUAUUUGUUUUUAUAGAAGCCAAUUUCGCCAAAGAACCAAUUGCUCCUCUUUAUUUAUUCAAAAACAUUAAGAUAGUUGCAUGUUUUGGUGUAAAUCUCUUUCAUGGAAUGGCUAUUUUGUCUUUAGCGUUCUUUAUACCACUUUAUUUUCAAGUUGUCAAGUCUGAAUCUGGUGUAGUCAUUAUGUCUAUCUUUUCAGGCCAACUAGUUUCAAGAACAGUCUUCUUUACAUAUGGUGCAAUUUGUGUUUUGGGAAGUAUUUUAAUGGCAAUAGGAUCUGGAUUGAUUAGUACAUUUACAGAAGAUUCAAGUCAAAUUCAAAUAGUUGGUUAUUCAUUAAUAACUGGUAUAGGUGCUGGUUUAAUUUUACAAAUUACUGUAUUAGCUGGACAAGGAAUUGCAGAGCCUAAGGAUAUUGCUACAGUUACUUCAUUAUUGGCGUUUUUCAGAACUAUGGGCGCAGUUUUUGGUAUAGCUAUCUUAGGCACAGUCUUUAAUAAUGUAUUUAAUUCAAAUUUACCACAACAAUUUCAAGGGUCUCUACAAAACUUUGGCAUAUUUAUGUCAGGCAAACCUUCUCAAAUUAUAAUUCACAAUUUUUUAAUAGCUUUAGAUGCCACAUUUCAAAUUAGAUGA